CGUCAACUCAGCGCUGUCUCGUUGUGUAUUAGUUUAACUUGAGCCCCCCGCAUCUCUGCAGAUACCCCACACCUCCCAUGUCCCAUUCCGUUUACACCACCACCUCCCAGUCAUCCACUUCUUCCGCUGACACUAAUCGUUCCUCUAACAUGUCGAGUACUCCUAGUUCACCUACUCCCUCUAUUGCCGCAUUGCCGAGUUUCACCCAUUCGCUGUCUUCUUUCCCCACCAUGACCAGUGUGGCGCAUGAUAUGGUCCACUAUGGGAACCUCGGCAGGACGAAGAAUGUCAGCGAAGCCAAGCUGAAUACAGUCCUUUCGACGACGAGACAGAAACGAGACGCAGCGUCGUCUCCGAAUAGCCCUUCACAGUCACCUGUUUCGCCCGGGAGCGCUAUCUCUCUGCCUGAGGAUGACGAACAACCUCUUAUCAUUACCAGAAGGAAACAUAAGCUUCCAACGCAACGAGCUGUCUAGUCCAUCAUCAGGUCUAGCCUGGCCUAUAUGGAAUGGGCCACAAAUCAUAUCCGCUGUAUUUUAUUGGUUGUCCUUGCUGGUUGUCGAGGAACAAACAUAUGACAUUCGAGGGGACUUUGCUGUAGCUUCAACAAGGGAUUCGAUGUAUCAUUGGUGUAUUUUGUCGGUCCAUAUUCGUGUCACAGCGUAGAAUACGUAAUGAAAUAAUGAAACAAUGGGUAUCUACACACAGCAAACAACGAGAAUAAAUGUCGAUUAAAU